AUGUUUAUGUUCCUUGCGGUCGUGAGCGCAGUUGCUGCGGCAGGGCAGGCACUGGAGAAUCCCGUUGUAAAUACUACACAAGGACAGAUACAGGGAUACAAAGUAGCCGAUGAGAAUUAUUACGCCUUUUACGGAAUUCAUUAUGCAGGAUCGGUGUCAGGCGGAAACAGAUUUAAGGUCGCUCCACCACCGCCUACUUACACAGGUGUUUUUGUGGCAGUUAAUAACGAGGUGAUAUGUGCCCAACCAACGUCUCGCGGUCUUAUUGGAGUUGAAGACUGUUUAACUCUCAAUAUAUUUACACCCAAUCUUACCGCUUCCCAACCUGUACUGGUUUGGAUUCAGGGUGAAGAGUUCACAACGUCGGACCCAACGAUACACUCUUUUAAAAAUUUUAUGAAUGAAAAUAUUGUGGUUGUGAAGAUCAACUACCGACUUUCCAUCUUUGGAUUUCUUUGUUUAGGAGUCCAACAGGCACCUGGAAAUGCCGGAUUGAAGGAUGUUGUGCAAGGAUUAAAAUGGGUUAAAGAAAAUAUAGCUGGGUUUGGCGGCGAUCCAAAUAAUAUAGUAUUAUUUGGCCAUGGAUCAGGAGCAGCUAUGGUCGAUCUCAUUACUUUGUCACCUAUGGCCGAAAAUUUAGUGCAUAAAGCGAUCGUUCAAAGUGGAUCAGCACUGUCUCCAGGAGCUAUAGCUUACGAUCCUGUUGGAUACGCUGAGGCAUUAGGAAAAAAACUUGGUUAUGUCGAUAAAACAAAGGAAGAAUUAGCUAAUUUACUAACUACUACAGAUAUAAACGAAUUGGUUAGUGCACUAACUGCUUUUGAAUUAUUUAACAAUACAGCAUUAUUUUCACCCUGUAUUGAAAAUGAUGUAGACAAAGACAAUGUGUUUCUUAAGGAUGCACCAAUAAAUAUACUGCGUUCUGGUAACUAUAGUCACGUGCCUUAUAUAGCUGGUUUCACUGACAAAGAAGGUACAAUAAGAGCUUAUGAAGCAGCUUACAAUCAAUGGUUAGACAGUAUGGAAGGAAAUUUUGAAGAUUUUAUCCAAGUCGAUUUAGACCUCGCAUCGACAUCGCAAGCAAACAAAACUGCUCUUGUGAAUUCCAUACGCGAAUUUUAUUUUGGAAAUAAGACCAUUAACAUGGAGGUAAUUGAAAAUUACUUGGAUUAUCACGGGGAUACUAUGAUACUUGUAUCCAUAGCGAGAGGUGUACGUGAAAGGGCAAAUACAUCUACCGCGGAAGUAAGACUUUACAAUUUUGGAUAUUUGGGAACUUAUAAUUCCAAUUGGGCGUUUCCGGAAAUCCCUUUAACGGGUGUGAUGCAUGGCGGUAUUUUAAAUUAUUUGUUAAAUUUUGACCUAAAACCAAACGAUGUAGAUACUAUGCAAAGAAUUAUACAACGAUAUUCAACAUUUAUAAGGACUGGGUUAGUAAAACUACUUCGUCCAGAUUUUUAG